AAAGCUUGCUGGUGAAAAAUCCUCUCUUCCCGAGCAGCCGCUCAAACGGGCUGAAUCCCAGCUCCACGAGCGCACGGCACACACUGCUUAUUAGACUGUCUUCUGUCUAUCGGACUAAGAAGAUCUUCCCUGGACAUACAAUAUGAAGUGGCUUAUAUUAUCCCAAAAAGUCUACUAAUCUCCCUAACACCGAUGUCUCUUCUCUCUCUGCAGCUCUGCUGUGUGAUCAGUGUGUCUGUCUCUCGGGUACUUGGAAAGGCUACAUCUUCACUCCCUCCGGAUUGUCGACUGGAAAAACUGAACUAGAAUUCCAGAAGACUGCACCCCUGUUUCAGAUCUGUUGAAUUUUAUCUUUUUGGUUAAAGCUACAAAAAACCCGGAUUUCCAAAGCGGAUGGCAAUGGUUCCCUUGAGAGGGUCUGCCAUUUUUAAUAAAAUAUCUGAGUUGGGACACAUAAUACCACAGGAGAGGAGAUGCUGCAUGCACUGAAAGCAAGAAGCAAAUGUAAAUAAAAUAAAACCCUAUCCCUUCUCCAUCUGCCACUUUAUUCAGCUGGAAACCGACACCACCCUUUGGCACGCUGAAUGAUAGCUUUUGCAGUUCUAUUUAUUCUCAGCAUGUCUACGUAUUUUCAAUCUAUGUUUGUCUGUUUGUUUUCCUCUGUUUGGACCUUGCUGGAGUCCCAACCAAUAGCUAAACCACGAAGAGUAGUUCCUGCAUUUUUGUAAACAUAUAUAUAUUAUUUUCUGUACCUGGAUUACAAAACAACUGUUCUUCUUCAUAUAUGUAUUUGUUAGGGUGAAGUUCAUAGUUCAUAAUGGAUUGUUGAGAUUUAUCUGCUUUUAUUUAUUUAUUAUCCUGAUGGCAGCACCUUACAAGGUGAUUGUUACCAAGGUCACCUGUUACAACAGUUUUGUUGUGGACAAGCGGAUUGAGAAUGUUGUUCAUUAUUGCCCUGCUGGUUGUCAGGUUUAUAAACAUGGGGUUCAGUGCAUGGUUGCACAUCACAGCGUGUGCGCUGAACUUCUCAAAGCUCCAGAGACCUCUGGCAUCAGCAGUGAAGAUAUUACACACAGAACAGCAGCUGGUGAGAGUGUAGUUGUUGAGGACGACUCGCAUUUCAAUCCAAGGGUCAAAAAGGCUACUGCUGUCCAAAAUACUGGAAGCCUUAAGGACAUUACCGGUGAGGCCAUUAACCUUGCCAGUGGAAAAAUCAAGGAAUUCUCGUUUGAAAAGCUAAGGAAUGCAUCGAGCCAACAUGUCAACCUCAGAAAAGGUCGUAAAGUCCGCCCUGAUUCUUUUGGCAGGAAAUCUGCUGAUUAUGAUUUCAUCUAUGGCCAUUUUGGUAACAACGAAAACUGCCCCCCCUUUGGUUUAUUACCAGCUCAAGGGUCGGAGGAAAAAGCGAUAAUCCCCCACAAUGUCUCUUUAGAACAGAAUAUCAAUAGCAUGGCCACUUUGUACCUGCAAGGUCUUUCAGAAGAGAACAUUAUCAGCCAGAUUCUGAAGAAGCACAAAUUGGACAGCUCUGGAUCUGGCGAAGACAUCAAAAUGUGCCUAGAUAUCCUGCUCAAGUGCUCUGAGGACCUGAAGAAGUGCACCAAUAUUAUUAAACAGUGCAUAAAAAACAGAUCAGUUGGAGGCAAUAAUGGUGUGGGUGACGGAAAGGGAGCAGACCAUUUUCCCAACCCAGAGAUUAUUUACAUGAAUGUUAUGGCAAGGCUGUCCUCUUACCUAAAAAAGCUGCCAUUUGAGGUGGAACAAGGACCUCAUGGGAGAGCUGAGCCUAACGAUUUGGCGGAACUAGUUAGCAGCCUGCACAGCCUGCAGCAACAACCUUUCUCACCGAUAUAUGGCCACGAGCAACCACCGAAAUAUGAAGAUGUUGUUCAGACACCACCUUUGUUGCAAGCUAUUUCAAGGUCUCCCACUGACCAUCAUGAAGAAAUAAAACAAAAUGUCAAUGAUGGUGAUACAGCUACAAAAUCUCCGUCAUCCAUUGCACCGCCACUGCCAGCCAAAACAUGGCAAAGAAGCAACAAACAGACCCAAGUAGGUUCUACGAGAAAACAAUCUGUAUCUGCCCACCAAAUUACCCCUCAAGCAAACAUCACCCCUGGUAAAACAGGAGAGAAAAGUUCAAGGAAUUCAAUUGACAAUCUAUUCAUUGAGGAAGAUUCAGAUCUGGAGAAAGCACUUAAUCGCAAAUAUAAAUCAGGUUGUACAGGUUUGCCUGAAACCAGCAAAUUCACUGGUGAAAGUCCAUCCCAUCCCAAGACCAUUAGUUCCCCAGCACCUGGUGAGACCUCUAUGAAAACCUUUAGCAAUUCAUCUCCAUCCAUUGCCUACAACAAAGAUGGUAGUGGUACUAGUGGAGCCAUUACUACAUCCAGCAGACACUCAGUGGAGCCUAGCAAAGUUGCCAAAAGCGACCACGAGGAAAUAGACAAAUUGCUUUUGGACUUGGAACGUUUUUCUCAAAAAAUAGAAAAUACACUAAAGAAUCCUCCACUUUCCUCUUCGGCAACUUGCAAACUUCAGUCUGAACUUCCUGAUGUCAAGGCUGAUCCUGGCAACCUGUUGUCAUCAACUGCCUAUGCAAAAGAGGAAGAUAGUAACCUUUUGCUUCGUAUACUGGGGAGCAUCGAGGAUUUUGCUCAGGAACUAGUUGAUUGGCGGUCAGGAAGAGGCACUUUAUCAAAGCAAAAGGAAGUUAUGCAGAUCCUUCAGGAAACCUUGGUUCCCUCUUCUCCUGUGUCUUCCCCAUCUAUUCAGAACCAGAGCCAAGUCAAGGAUUCCGGGCCAACAUUGUCCAUCCAGCAGACACCAGAGGUUAUCAAGGUUCAAAGCAAACAAGAAAAGAAGCCCGGCACCCCACCUCCCGUUCCUGUCAUUACUCCCAUCAACUCUCGUCCAGCCUCUCCUCCUCCACUAACCAAUAAGGUCACAGUCACCCCUCCCGUGUCCAUAAACAUUCCACGUUUCUACUUCCCCAAGGGGUUGCCCAACCCAGGCCCUGCCCAUGAGGACUCCAUCGGAAAGGCCGAGGCAGCUUUCUCAACCAUGGAGGAUGAAAAGGCUGAUAUCUAUGAGAUGGGGAAGAUUACCAAGGUAUGUGGGUGUCCAUUGUUCUGGAAGGCUGCAAUGUUCAAUGGGGCUGGUGGAGAAAGGACCGGCUUUGUCUCAGUGCAUUCAUUCAUUGCAAUGUGGAGAAAAUUACUACAAAACUGCCAUGACGAUGCCUCUAAAUUUGUUUAUCUCCUGGCAAAACCAGGCUGCAGCUACCUGGAACAAGAAGACUUUAUCCCCCUUCUACAGGACAUUGUGGACACACAUCCUGGACUAACCUUUCUCAAGGAAGCACCUGAAUUUCACUCUCGUUACAUCACCACAGUUAUUCAGAGAAUAUUUUACACGGUGAACAGGUCGUGGUCUGGCAGAAUCACACUGACUGAGCUUAGGAGAAGUAAUUUCCUUCAGACCCUGGCUCUUCUAGAAGAGGAGGAUGAUAUUAACCAGGUGACAGAUUACUUCUCCUAUGAGCACUUUUAUGUUAUUUACUGCAAGUUCUGGGAACUGGACACAGACCAUGAUCUGUACAUCGACCAGAAGGACCUGGCAAGAUAUAACGACCAUGCUUCUUCCCAUAGAAUAAUUGAAAGGGUAUUUUCUGGAGCAGUUACAAGAGGCAAUGCUAUACAGAGGGAAGGGAGGAUGAGCUACGCAGAGUUUGUCUGGUUCCUCUUAUCAGAGGAAGACAAGAAAAACCCUACCAGCAUUGAGUACUGGUUCCGUUGCAUGGACCUGGAUGGAGAUGGCGUGUUGUCCAUGUAUGAACUAGAGUACUUCUACGAGGAGCAGUGUGAGAAGAUGGAGACCAUGGGCAUUGAGCCGCUGCCUUUUCAGGAUCUCUUGUGUCAGCUCCUGGAUCUUGUGAAACCAGAAGUGGAAGGCCGAAUUACUCUGCGUGACCUGAAGCGCUGUCGAAUGGCUCACAUAUUCUAUGACACCUGCUUUAACCUGGAGAAGUACCUGGACCAUGAACAGCGGGAUCCAUUUGCACUGCAAAAGGAUGUUGAUAAUGAGAAUCCUGAGCCAUCGGACUGGGACAGAUACGCGGCCGAAGAAUAUGAGAUCCUGGUUGCUGAGGAAUCUGCCACUGAGCAGUUACAGGAGGGGUCUUUUGAGGACGACUAUGAGGGGGACGAGAUCAUCUCUGCACCUGAAAUUUCUAACAAGAUGGAUAAAUUGGUCAUCUCUGACCUGACGGCGUAAAGAUGAUUUGACCCGUAACUGGACAAUGAAACUGACCAGUACCUGCCUAUAUUUAUGGACUAAACUAGAGGUGGCCAACCUGUGACUUCCCAGCGGCUACUGGAUUUCAUCGCGGCCUCCUGUUGUCUCAUUAUCAUCAUCUUCACCUCGCUGGACACCCACAGCUUGGCCACCCCUGGACUGAACCCUGUCCACACUGAGACUUUUCAGGGGAAAUAAUAAUAUAUAAAUAUAUUUUGUAUUAUUUUUGUGAAGAGAUGUGCUUUGUUUUGUAAGCGCAAUAUAAAAUAAGUUCUGAUUUCUUUUUUCUGCAUUAAGCAUGAGUGUAAAAAGUUUGCCUGUCGAACAAACAGAAGCCACCGAUAUGUGCAAUAUGUCUUAAAUACUGUGCUUUCUUGUAAGAUUUAUUUGUCCGGUUUUUCAUCCUAUUUUCCAUUCUCAUUCUUGCGAGAUUUCUGUUUCUCAGAAUCACCUUAUUACCAGGGAUCGGUGAAGUGCUGCCCAGAAACCAAAUCCGGUUCCAUGAUUAAUAUGUGAACUUUCUGAAGAAUCUGCCAGAACUCUUAUUGAGGUUUUUUAACAUUUUAUCCACUUAUUGUUCAAGUUACUUUUAAAUGACUUUGUAUCACUAACAAAA